GGCCAAUAAUGCGAGAUGAGCGCCGCAACCCUAGACUGGACCUAAUGUUCAGGGGUCCCUUUACCUUUAGCUAAUGGGACAGACUUUUGUCAACAGAAACACUAGGUGUUCUUGUCCCAGUAAUGGAAUCACAUCAAAUUCUUCUCCGUGGCCCCAAAGAGCAUCAGCAGAACAAACAUUCAGGUCAGAAACACAUGCUUCAGGCAUCAAAAUUUCGCCUAACAAUUCCACAAGUGUCUCCACUCCACCAGUCCCAGGAGCCAUUGCAGCUUUUCAAUGGGAGUGGAGGGGAAGUGGGUAUUUUCCCCAGAACCAAAGACCUCCCUCCCCAUACAUUGUGGUCCUGAUCCAACUGCAAUAUAGUAGUAGUAAUAAAUUUAAUAAAUAAUAAUAAUAAAUACAUUGUAUGCUGUUAUACAAUCUGCAUAUCAACUAGCUUGGCCCUGAGCAUAACAUUUGUUUUGUUUGCUUUGACUCCACUUACAGCUUGCAAACAGUUAUGGAAACAUUUUCACGUUAUGGAUAGGACAUACUCCUGUGAUUGUAUUGUCUGGGUUUGAGGCUGUUGAUAAUAGUCUAACGGACAACCCAGAAGCAUUGUCUGGACAACCAAUGUUCCCUGUUUUUAAAAUUCUGGGCAAUGAAAAGGGUAAGUUGUUGCACUCAGCCAUUUUUAUUUGGAAUGUGGGGAGGGGUCUUUUCCUUUCUUUUCCUCAGCCAGCAUGGAAAGUGUGGGAUAUAUCCAGUUUCAUGUAACCAAUAUGCUUAACUCUAAUUAAUGCAUUAAAGGGUUAAGACCACAGAGCAAGCUGUCCUGCCAGGCUGAGCUAGGUAGGAGGAAGGGUUACCAAUCUCUUUGUUUUCUCUUUCCAUCAUGUGAACCCUACCAGGAAGGAUGUCUAGGGUGGUUGCUCCAAGCCUAGACUAUGUGGCUUUAGCAAGCCAUCAAAUCAUUUAGAAACUCUUACCAGUGGUGCACCAUGCUCCACCGAAGUGAGUGUGUCCUUCUCAGGUGCCCUGCAGCUGAGGGUAGCUGAGGGGGAUGCAUUGGCUGUCCACCAGCCUCUGUGCUGCCCCCGCGAGUGGCCCUGGGCUUGCAGGGCACCUGGGCUGCUGUGUCUGUUGGAGGCAGGGGCGUAGGAAGGGGGGGGGCGGUGUGCCCUGGUGCCAUCCCUGAGGGGGGUGACAAAAAGGCACACCGCAGGGGGCUCGCCCCCCGUGUGCAGCGGCUGGAGCCACCGCUGCAGCGUGCAGGGGAUCGCUCUCCCCACCGCCGACAUCACAGCAGUCAAUCAGAAGCCGCGCUUUGAAAGUCAAAUGUUUUGGAAGUCGAAUGGAGUUCCGGAAUGGAUUCUGUUCGACUUCUGAGGUAUGACUGUAUUGAUUCAUUCACCUCUAGCUGUGAACCACCUAACCAAGAACCACCCGACACUGGGUUCUUGUUUUUUAAAAAAUCGUUGCAGGUAUUAUGUUCUCCAAUGGCAAAACCUGGAAGCAGCAGAGGAAUUUUGCACGCUCUGCCCUGCAGAAGAUGGGGCAAAUGAAGAUGUGUCUGGAGCAUCAAAUAGAAGAGGAAGCUGCUCAACUCGUGGAGGCCUUUGCACAGGAAAAAGGACGGCCUCUGGACCCUUUGCUGCCCAUCAUGCAUUCAGUCUCCAAAGUGAUUUGUUCUCUGGCAUUUGGACAUCCUGUUCCCGUGGAAGAGAAGGCCUUACAUGAGCUAACUGAACACAUCAGCACUGUUACCAAAUUUAGGGGCACCGCUGGAGAGAUGCUAUACAACGCUUUCCCUUCACUGAUGCGGCACAUUCCCGGGCCUCACAAAAAGGUUUUCUCCUCCUGUGAAUUCAUGCGUUCUUUUAUCAGGAAGGAGGUAGAAAAUUGCCAGAAAGGUGGGGUUUCCCAGGAGCAAAAGGACUACACUCACCUCUAUUUGGCUCAGAUAGACAAGGAGAAAAUUGACUCCACAACUACGUUUGAUGAAGACAACCUGGUACAGGUUAUCUUUGACCUGUUUGCUGGAGGCACAGACACUCUAGUUGCCACUCUCUCCUGGGCUUUGCUUUUUAUGGUGGCCCAUCCCAAUAUUCAAGAGCAAGUCCAGAAGGAGCUAGGAAGUGCUCUCAGUCCCUCCAAAUUGGUCUGCUAUGAGGAUCGGAAGCGAUUGCCCUAUACCAGUGCUGUGAUUAAGGAGACGCAGCGCUUCAGCAACGUCAUACUAUUUGGGGCACCCAGAGUUUGUGUAGACGAUAUGAACGUGCUUGGCAACUUCAUUGAAAAGAAUACUCUGGUGAUUCCUGAUCUGUGCUCUAUUAAUCUUGAUCCCAAGCUGUGGGAGACACCUCACCAGUUCAACCCUAACCACUUCCUAGAUAAGGAUGGGAAAUUCAUAGUGAGAGAUGAAUUCCUCCCAUUUGGGACAGGAAGCCGUGCAUGCUUGGGGAAGCACAUAGCACAGGUGGAACUCUUUGUUCUUUUUACCAGCCUCGUGAGAGCAUUUACCUUCCGGCUGCCAGAGGGAGUGAAGGAAGUGAACACUGAACCUGUAAUAGCUGCUGUGGUGCAUCCCCGCCCAUUUAAGCCCUGGUCCCGCAAGCGCUACCCUCCUGGACCCCUUCGACUUCCCAUCAUCGGAGGCAUGUGGCGGUUGGGGGUCAUGCUCUCUCUGGAUACUUUCAUCAAGUUGGCAAAGCAAUAUGGGAACAUUUGCACGGUAUGGAUUGGGCCUUUACCUGCAGUCAUACUGUCCGGCUACAAAGCAGUCAAGGAAGCACUAAUCAACCAUUCGGAUGAUUUUGCUGACCGCCCAGAAACUCCGUUCGUGAAAAGUGCAGCGAAAAAUAGGGGUAUUGUACUUUCAAACGGUCACACCUGGAAGCAGCAGAGACGGUUCAGCGUGGUUACUAUGCGGAAGCUGGGGCUGGGGAAGAAAGGCAUGGAGCACCAAAUAGAAGAGGCGGCCAUUGAGCUUGUGGAGAUCUUUGCACGUGCAAAGGGGCAGCCAUUUGACCCAUCCUUACACAUCAUCAAUUCUGUCAGCAACGUGAUAUGCGCCAUGUCCUUUGGAUACCGAUUUUCUGUUGAAGAUAAAGAAUUCCUGAGGCUGGUGGAAGCCAUUCGGAUUAGCUUACAGUUUGGAGGCAGCUUCUUUCAUGGCCUCUACGAAAUUCUCCCGUUUGUCAUGAAAUUUCUCCCGGGGCCUCACAAAACCGCAUUGUCCUCCAUUGAGAUGGUCGUUUCAUUUGCGAAGAAUGAGAUAGCGAAGCACAAGGAAGACCAGACUGUGCAUGAGCCGAUAGACUUCAUUGAUUUCUAUCUAUCUCAUAUGGAGAGGAACAAGGAUGACCCCUACUCUACCUACAAUGAGGACAACCUGGCUCAGUGUAUUUUUGACCUCUUUAUUGCUGGAACAGAGACAACUGCUACCACUCUGCAAUGGGCACUGCUCCUCAUGGUGACACAUCCAGAUAUUCAAGAGAAAGUCUACCAGGAGAUGGAAGAUGUUUUCGGUUCAUCUCACUCAAUCCGCUAUCAAGAUCGGAAGAAGCUGCCCUACACCAAUGCUGUGAUUCACGAGAUCCAGCGUUCAAGAUAUAUCUUUUUAAUUGGGCUUCCAAGGCAAAGCGUGAAGGAUGUGAACUUGCACGGUUUUCACAUUCCAAAGGGGGCUGUGAUUGCUGCAGAUCUCCGCUCUGUUCUUCUUGAUCCUAAGGAAUGGGCAACACCUAAAAAAUUCAACCCAAACCAUUUUUUGGACGAGGACGGGCAGUUUGUGGACAGAGAAGCAUUUCUGCCAUUUGGUGCAGGUGCUCGGGUGUGUCCAGGGGAGCAAAUGGCAAAGAUUGAGCUCUUCAUCUUUUUCACCAGCCUGCUGAGAGCAUUCAGGUUCCAGCUGCCAAAAGGAGUGAGAGAAGUCCAUAAGAAGCCUAUAAUAGGGCUGACGGUCCGUCCUCGCCCCUACAAACUCUGCGCUGUUCCCCGCUGCAGCCACAUAAACAAUUAG